AUGGCGCCGAGCACGAGACCAUGCCGAAAGAAUGGAUCCAAAACGGUCGGUGAAAGAACCACUGCGAUGACGAGGAAAAGGGAGCUCUUAGCCGACGAGCGCGAGUCGGCUUGGGAUGAGCCGGCAAGACAACGUGCUUCGUCAUUAGAAGUGCAAGUCGGCGAAGUAAUUACCAAACUCAGAGAGCACGAGCGCUUCGAACUGUUCGGCAAUGUGGGCCGUGAAGAACUACCAAGGCCCGAUCAGCUGGACAUGGGCGGCAAGUUCUUGGUCAACAAGCAGCGAAUCGAGCGGAGCAUAAUUUUCGAAAUUGCCUGCCUCAUGCCGAAGGGUGCUCAUCUCCAUCUUUACUUCAACGCAGAGCUACCCGCAGAGAAGCUGUUCCCGUACGCACAACAAUUGAAGAACACGAUGUUCAUUCGGAGUAAACGGGCGCUACUGAAGCCUCAGGAUCUUGCGGAAACAGAAAUCCAGUUUAAUGUUCUGCCAAAAGACACAAAGACGGGCAAUAUCUUCACAGAGAAUUACGACAUCAAUUGGAAGAGCCCAGAAAAUGCAUCAUGGAUGAAGUGGACCGACUUUCGGGAGCAGUUUCCUGCAGACAUGACAUUCGGCGAACUGGACAGUGCGGAAUGCUGGGCUCCGGAGAAGAUGAUCAUUACACCCAACAAAGCGUACGCCGAGCAUCAAACAACCAACGGUGUCUGGGCGUGCUUCAACCAAGGUACCCGUGCGUUUAAGGGGCUUAUGAAUUAUGCGAGCGUGUAUCGCUGGUAUAUUGGAAACGCCAAAUGCUCAUGGACAAGUCAAGACCCAGCUGACGAUGGUGUGGGCAAGCUCGGCCACAACGAGCAGAUGGAGAUUGUCUGUGAGGAAGUCGAGAAGAAGAAGCAGCAGUACGGCGAUCGGUUUCCAUUCGGGCUCAAGAUCAUCUACUGCACACCUCGAAGCAUACCACACGCCAAGAUGAAGUCAGAGCUGGAAGACUGCAUCAAGUUGAAACUGGCGUAUCCUGACUUUAAUCUCUACGACGCACUGCUUCUCAAUGCCAAGCGAAUUGGUCAUGGCUACGCCCUGCUGAAGCAUCCCCACUUGGUCAAGAAGUACGCCGAUGCGAAGAUCUUUUUGGAACUGUGCCCUAUCUCCAAUGAGCUGCUAGAGCUUCUGGCCGCAGGUCUGCAUUGUACGUUGAAUGCCGAUAACCCGGCAUUGUACCGGUGA